AUGACAGAGUAUAUGGACAUAGAGUCUUCGUCGACUUCUAACUCGAAACCCCAAAAUCCUGCAGAGACAGCUGCAGAUUCACUUCAUCCAAAAGAAAGUUUGGAUUAUUAUAUUUACGAUUAUUUUGUAAAACACAAGUUUCAAGAGACGGCUAAAUCUUUUAUAAAAGAAUCAAAGGUACAGAUUCCAUCGAAUGGUGAACAAAAUGCAACGGAAACUUCUUCCCAGGUUAAUGAAUACAACAGAUAUGACCAAAGUAUUUUUGGUGCAGCCAAUGGCAAAUCUGAGCAAUUGGAUUCAUUUGAUAUGAAUAUUCCCUCUAAUACAAACCCAACUCCUGAAUCACAAAAAGAUGCUUCAAUUGAAAAUAAAAAAUUAUCUACGGCUUUGCCUGCCCCAUCUGUUGCUAUUGAUAUUCCUGAAGGCUUUCUAGUAGAAUGGUUUAAUAUCUUUUGGGACGUUUUCAGUGCCCGUGUUAGUCGGGUUAAUAGUUCUGCUCAUUUGUACGAUUCUCAAUCCAGCAGAUCGGUAUAUAGAGGUCAUAGUCAUACUGCUUCGACACCUGUCCCAUCGACUGUGCCACAUAUGCGAUCAUCUAAUGCCAACCCAUUGAAUUACGCUUCCUCUGAAUCGAAAAAUUCCGAAAGCAAACCGUAUUUACCUUUUAGCUCAGCGGUACCGAAAUCGGAUCCAGCGGCUAUGGGAAACAUUGCUAAACCAUCACAAAAAUACGGAUCUUUGCUUCCAGCUGGUACCGGGCCUAAUCCUGCUAUGCCUUACUCGCUAGGUGCACCUGCUCCCUCAGUUCCUCCCAAUUAUUUAAAUACUUCUAUGCUAUCAACUAGUCCUCCUCGCUCGUUUGAUCCUAAUAAUCAUCCUUAUCCUGUAGGUCGUGGCAUGAGCACAAACUCAUCUAGAAACGGAUUUUAUCCUCCCACACCAGCGCAAAUUCAUCAGCUAAAGUCCCAGCAAGAAUACCUUCAACGCCAAAGUAAACAAAUGUCCGAGCCAGCGGCGAAUUUUAAUCAGAAUGCUCUUAAAGAUCCUCAGAUGCCGUCAAAUGAGCAACCGGCCAUGAAUCCUGCAUCUGGUAUUGUUAACCCUACUGCAAGAAACUCCGCCUCUCCCAUAAUUACUCAAGCAUCUUCCGGGAUGGGUGGCGGUUCAUCUCCGUUUUACGCGUAUCAAAGUAAUACGAGAGAGACCGCUUCAGUGCCUGCCAUAAAGCCUUCCCCGAAUAUAAUGAUACAACCUCGUUACCCUGCAAGCUCUGAAGCUUUGGCCAAUGAUAUGCAAAAGUACCGUGUUCAAAAUAGCGUUGAAGGUAUGCCUCCUCAUAUGCCGCAAAGUCCAGCUACUAUGAAUGGUAAAUAUGGGACGAAUCCAGCUAUGGGUAAUCGACUCCCUCCUUAUGUGCCCAAUUAUUAUAGGGGACAACUCCCGAUGUCUAGUCCCCAUCCUCCAAUGUAUGAAGCAAACACCGCUGGCCAAGGCCCGAUGGAGUAUACAAAAGCAAGGGAACUCGCAAUGAGAAGAGGGCAGACACCGAAUAUGGCUACUCUUCCAAAGGAUGCUGCAGUGCCUGGUGAAGCUAAUAAUGUAAAUCUUGGGAAUCCUUUAACAGAUUACCAUAUGCAAUUGAUGAUAUUAGAAGAGCAAAACAAAAAGAGAUUAUUGAUGGCCCGACAGGAAGGCGAAAGAGAAUUUCUUUCCCCACAAACACAUGAGCGCUUUGAUCACGAGAUAAAGAAUAGUCAACUUAAGCCAACAACUGAUAGAUCAUCACAUCUUCACCCCAAAUCUAGUGGAGGAAUGAAUACUCAAGUUAAAGGAUCUGAUGUGAGCACGACAGGAUUUAUACCACCGAAUCAAAAGCAACCGGGUCUCCCAGUUCAGCAUUCAUUUAUGAAUGUUCCACCGAAUGAGCAAUCGAAUAUCAUAAUGUCUCAAUAUUUGAAUCGUACGAAGCAGCCUGAGACGCCCUUAGAUGCUCCAGAUUUUAGAGAUGCAAAUAUGACAAAAAAGGUCACUCCAACGAGUACGGCAUCAAUGAAUGAACAGGAUAGAAUGGCUUCAGAUAUACCUGAAAAAUCAAAUUCCUGGCAUGUGCAGAAUAGCGAGAACACCGCAUUGGAUGCAAAAGAAAUCUCAAAGUAUCAGCCACCAUUUACUCAGUCUUCCCAGCCAGAGUUGCCUUGCGGUACUUCAGCUGAUGGCAAUCAAAACCCUGACUCACAGGCAUUUCUUGAACCGAUUAGAGAUAAUCAAAGCAUCCAAAAAGGUACAAUGCGAGAUUCUGAUAUAGCAUCAAGUGAGUAUCCUUCUAUGAGUAAUUCUGUUCACCAAGUUUCGAUGACUUCAGAAGGAACUCAGCAAAAUGGAGCAGCUUCUUCAGAAGGAGGAAUGAAUACUCACAAAAAUCUUCAGAACAGCGAGCGCAUAGAGGAGAGUACGCCUGGAGAGGCCAAUGCAGGUAAAGAUGCCGAAAAUGGGACUGAGGAUGGGCAAUAUAAUGAAUCUGCGGUUAAUACGUUUAAUUAUGCAUCAAAAAAUGAUUCUAAUGCUGAAUUAUUAAAUGAUUUUGACUUUGAAAGUUUUUUGAAUGAUGCCGGUGAUGACUCUACACAGGUUUUCUACUAA